CCUCCCCCAGUGCUAAGCAGCAAGCCAGUCACAGAGACAUUCAUGCAGGGUAUUAGGAAAAACCAAGCUUCCCCCUAGGAAUGGCACUUGACUGAGAGUUCCCUCAGCAGACAGCUCCUGAAAGCCACCAGGCUUGCAAAAGGAGAACAGAGAGCCUAUUGGGAUACAAAUUACAGUUCUCUCAGGAUUUGCCCGACACACCGGCCAAUCUUUGAAGUUGUAAUAGCUGAGGAUUAAAACAAAGAAUCAAACAUGACGGAUGAUCAAGACCUUUCUGAGGUUGAGAUGAGUCCUGUGGGUUCUGAAGACCACCACUGCCUUUCACCAGGACCUUCCAUGGCAUCGGAUGCCAAUGCUCACCUUAACAACUCGAGCAGCGGUGAGAUGGGGAAGGUGAAAAAGGAGCAGCAGGAUUCAGAACCGGACGACGAUAAGUUCCCAGUGUGCAUCCGGGAGGCAGUGAGCCAGGUACUGAGCGGCUACGACUGGACCCUGGUGCCCAUGCCAGUGCGGGUCAAUGGAAGCAGCAAGAGCAAGCCCCAUGUCAAGCGGCCUAUGAAUGCCUUCAUGGUGUGGGCACAAGCUGCCCGGAGGAAGCUGGCAGACCAGUAUCCUCACCUCCACAAUGCAGAGCUUAGUAAGACCCUUGGGAAGCUCUGGAGAUUGUUGAAUGAAAGUGACAAGCGACCUUUCAUAGAAGAAGCUGAGCGGCUGCGGAUGCAGCACAAGAAAGACCAUCCUGAUUACAAGUACCAGCCCCGUCGGCGGAAAAAUGGCAAGGCUGCCCAGGGUGAAAACGAUGGCCAAGCUGAUGGAGAAGCUGGUGGAGCUGCUGCAAUCCAGGCUCACUAUAAGAAUGCCCAUUUGGAUCAUCGGCAUGCUGGGGAAGGAUCGCCCCUGUCUGAUGGACACCCAGAACACUCCUCAGGUCAGAGUCAUGGACCCCCCACCCCACCAACCACUCCGAAAACAGAACUGCAGUCGGGUAAGACCGACUCCAAACGGGAGGGUCGUUCCCUUGGGGAAGGAGGAAAACCUCACAUCGACUUCGGCAAUGUGGAUAUUGGUGAAAUCAGCCACGAAGUGAUGUCCAACAUGGAGCCCUUUGAUGUAAACGAGUUUGACCAGUAUCUGCCACCAAACGGGCAUGCUGCUCACCCAGGCCAUGUCGGUGGCUAUGCCGCAGCUGCUGGUUAUGGCCUUGGGAGUGCCCUGGCUGCAGCCAGUGGACACUCCGCCUGGAUCUCCAAACAGCAUGGGGUUUCCUUGUCUGCUGCCACGUCAUCUGUGGUAGACUCCAAGGCUCAAGUCAAAACGGAGGGCUCAGCUUCAGGGGGCCAUUAUGCUGACCAGCCCUCUACUUCCCAGAUAGCAUAUACAUCCCUUAGUCUGCCCCACUAUGGCUCAGCCUUCCCCUCUAUAUCCAGGCCCCAAUUUGAUUACCCUGACCACCAGCCCUCAGGACCCUACUACAGCCACUCCAGCCAGGCUUCUGGCCUCUAUUCAGCCUUUUCAUAUAUGGGUCCUUCCCAACGUCCCUUAUACACUGCCAUCUCUGACCCGGCACCCUCAGUGCCACAGUCUCAUAGUCCCACACACUGGGAACAGCCUGUGUAUACAACCCUUUCGAGACCCUAGGGAAUGGGGAGCAGUGACCAAAGCAGCAGCGGAAAGGCUCCGAAGAAUCAGCCCCAGAAGACGAGCCUCCGAGUCCCGAGGUCAUUUGGUGUAAUCCAGUCGCCAGAACCCAACGAAUAUCCGGGCGUGUCUAUCAUGACCGCAGUUAUCGAUGGCUCACCUGGCUGGAGGAAGGUUCCCACCCACACCCCAUACUCCCAGUCCCUGAUUGGCUUCCAAGAUCCCGUAGGCCUUCUAGAUGAGGAUGAUUCUAGGCAUGGAGCAACUAGUCGUGGUGGGUUUAUGUCGGGCAGAUCGAAGGUUUAAAAAUAAUAACAACAAUAUCAUUGAAAGAUAAUCCUCUUCCUUCUCAUCCCUUCCCUCAAACUGUCGAGACCAUUUGUCUGACAGUUGAGAAAGACACCAAUGGCCAUUAGUUUGCCACUUGCUGUGGGUGAAGCCUGGCUAGUUGGACUCUCUGAUGGAUAUGUUAUAGGAGGAGAAGGAGGGUGGUACAGCUGACGUGGACAGUGUUCUCGGACAUUCCUGCUUCAGAGUUGUACAUGCAUGAAAUUUUGUUCCCCAUUGGAAGACCAACCUAAGCUUGCUUUUACUAUUGAUAUUUGUCACCUGCAUUCCACUAUCCUUUAUCUAUUCCAUCGCCUCUCUGCUGCCUGGCGCUCUUAAGACUUAACUACACAGUACAUUGGACUCAGGAACUGCGUUAUAUGCUCUGGCCGCCUUUGCAUCACAACAUGUAAAUGUGUGUGUACAUGCUGGUCCCUCGGACCAUAAAGGGCAAAGGGGACUGAUUCCUACUUUGUUGUUAUGAACAUUUUGUAUUCUUAGUUUGUUUCCACUAUCUGUGGUUUCCUUCUAAACUCCUGCAGCUACCUUUCUAAUACUCCAGAAAAUACCCUGCCAAAGCCAAUGCAUUUGCUUGCUUAUGAGUGUGCUUGUGUAUAUGAGUAUGUGUGCGCGCGCACGUGUGUGUAGAAGGGGUGAAGGAAGACAGAAAGAACCUAGAAACCAAGAACUGUCAGUGUUGUUCUCCGGCUUCAGUGAUGGGGAGCACAUGGACUCUCCUAUGUUGUAGUUCUGCCAUUUUGCACCAUUCUUCACCAUUGAGUAUGCAGGCUAGGCCUGAAUGAAGAUGCAGUCUGACAACCGGAGAGACAUGUCCCCCACUUCUUUCCUUAUUGCUUAAAUACAGAACAAACUGUGUCAUGAGAACUUCCAUGUGACCAAGAUAUAUUGGUGCCUGAGUCAGAAAUUUAGAAAAGUACAUGCAGAAAUAGUAAAAAAAAAAAUCCAAUUAACAACAGUAGACAUUUGGUGCCCUUAAAAGUUUCCCAUAAUCUUCUGUGUGAGAGUGGCUGCCUAACAGCAGGACCAGCCAUGCUCCCAUGUCUAUAUUUUUUAUUAUAAAUUCUAAAUUUGCCAUAACAAGAACACUUUUGGUUCUCAUAAUGUGUUUAAUGGGCAUCAAAAAGAAUGGUAGUGCAAAAUUUGGAAGACAUCUCCAUUCAGCUUUCAUGUGGAGGCAACCAAUCCAGCUAAAUCGAAGUGUGCCUUCAUUUUUUUCCAUAGUCCUGUGUGAAGCUUUGCAGGCUCAUCCCACAAACAUUGUCCCCAGUCAGUUAAUGAAUAUGACACUAGGAAGACUGAGAACAUGAUGGGUGAAUCCAUCAGAAGGAGAACAGAUGACACGUCAGGACGGGCACUGAUAGACACAGGACACAUUGCAGUACAUGCUGUUCUUCCCAAUCCCUUCAGACUGAGAUGGUUGAGGCUAACCUGCCCAAAGUUAUGAACUUUAUAUAUGCUUGCCUCCUUUUUCAGCUAUGGAUGAUUGUCCAUUUUCCAUAGUAUUUGAAAAGAACAUGUAGUAUGCCUGUAUUCCUUGUAUGCAUGUAAUCUAUUAACUGUUCUGCAUCCUUAUUUAUGCAAGUAGCACAUCCUUCCCUACCCCCAGCACUACCACCCUUUGUUGUCCUAGCACCAUUAACUUUGCAUUAAAUGUAUGGAAUAAUAAACUUGAAAAGGUUGA